GGAUAACAACUCGUGAUCAACCAAAACAGCUAUAAUGGAGGAACUGGCCGAGCUAAACUGCUGCUAAAAUGGUCUUUGAAUCAUAUGUGGUUGAUUUGGUCAACAAAUUUGCUGGGCAGUAUCUCGAAAACCUAGAUCCAUCGCAGCUAAGGCUCGGGAUAUGGGGAGGUGAUGCACAGCUUGAAAACCUCAGCUUAAAGGAGAGUGCUUUGGAUGACUUGGAUCUCCCCGUCAAGGUCCUCAGAGGUCACUUAGGCAAGCUUGUGCUUAAGAUACCCUGGAAGAACCUGUACUCUGAGCCAGUAGUCGCACAAAUAGAUGGGCUGUAUCUUCUUGUCAGGCCUAACACAGGGAUUCACUACAAUGCUGAGAAGGAGGAGAAAGCCCAACAGGAGAAAAAGAAAAGGCAGCUGGAAGCCAUUGAGCUAGCGAGGAAAUUGGAAGAGGAAAAGAAGAAGGCUGUCUCUGACAAGGAAAGCAAGGAAGACAAGGAUAGUUUUGUUGAGAAACUUGCCAUGCAGGUUGUCAAGAAUCUACAGAUCUAUAUAUCCAACAUCCACGUGCGAUAUGAAGAUACGGUCACACAUCCAGAUGCUCCUUUCUCCCUUGGCAUCACCCUGGAGAAUCUAUCCGCACAGUCAACAGAUGAGAACUGGAUACCAAGUAUUGUUGGAACCUCUGUCAAGAUUGUGCAUAAGCUGAUGGAGCUGAACAGUCUCUCUAUGUACUGGAACACUGGUGAUGACAUUGGCAAGCUGCCUACCAAGGAGGAGUGGCCGACUAUCGCCAAAGAAGGAAUUGCACGAACAAUGAAAGGCUUCUCAAAACCCGAAGGGUUCAAGUAUGUCUUGCCGCCAAUUUCUGCCACCAGCAAAGUCAAGCUUGAUACAAAGGCCGGAUCUGACCUCAGUAAUCCCAAGGUAUACCUCAGCCUUGUGCUGGAAGAGAUCUUCCUUGUGUUGAGCAAGACCCAGUUUCAUGACCUGAUGAUGUUACUGGAAUCCUUCGAUUACAUGGCGAGGAACGUGCCCUUUAGAAAGUACAAGCCUGUUGUGCAGCUUAUGAAGAGUCCAUCCAAAUGGUGGCACUAUGCGAUGGACUGUGUACUAGAAGAAGACGUCAAGAGAAGAAGCAGAAACUGGUCGUGGAAACACAUCAAGAGGCACAGAACCACGUGUCGAGAGUACAAGAUGCUGUAUAAGAAGAAGCUCCUGAAUGAAAAACUUUCAAAAGAACAACUGAAGAACAUCGAGAAUCUUGAAGAAAAUUUGGACGUCCUGAAUAUUACGAUAUGUCGCCAGCAAGCAGAAUAUGAGGAAGCGGCUGCUCUGCGUAAAAAGAAAAGGAAAGAGGCAGAGAAGGAGGAAGGCGGUAUGUUCUCUGGAUGGUUUGGCAGCAAAAAGAAGGCCAAAAAACAGAAAGAUGAACCAGAAAUCCUCACUGAGGAACAGAAGAAAGAAGAGCUUGCCAAGCUGUACGCCGCCAUUGGAUACAGUGAAAAUGAGGUCAUCACAUCAUUCCCGAAAGAGUACGUGGAAAAUAAAGUCAUUGUUCACUUGAAGCAGAUUGGUGUUCAACUUAGGGAUGAUUGUGGAAGCGGCAAGCCGAAAGAAAUCGUGAAAUUCAGCAUCAAAGACUUGUAUGCUGACCUUGCCCAACGUCCAUCAGCCCAGGCCAUCAGGGUAACGGCCAAGGUCGACAAGAUGAAGAUGUAUGGGUCGCCAGGAGAAGGGGGCCACUUGCCCUUGAUGGUCACCUCCCAACAAGAGAAAGAGAAGGGUCACAUGGCGCUGUUUCACGCUGCUUUCGAGACGAACCCUCUUGACGAGAAGUGUGACCAGCGCGUGGAAGUGACUUCAAGGCCCCUUAAGAUCGUUUAUGACGCGAACACUAUCGACGAAGUCAUGAAGUUCUUCCAGCCACCACAGGACGUCCACCUGCAAGAGUUAUCGGCAGCUGCCAUGUCUGGGCUCGAGGCCUUGAAGACAGCUUCUAAAGCAAGUCUGGCAUAUGCCGUGGAGCACCAUAAGGUGACAGAUAUCAACCUGGACGUGAUGUCACCCUACAUACUAAUCCCUGAGAAAGGCUGUAUGCAGGGGUCAAAGAGCGUUCUUGUGUUAGACCUGGGUCACCUUAAGAUCAAGAGCGAUCCUGAUCAAGAAAGAGUCAUCACCACUAAGAAUCUGAGCAUGGCUGAGCUAGAGUCUAAGUGUUAUGACAAGUUUGAUAUUCGUCUUGAGCAGCUGCAGGUUCUUUUGGCCAAAGAAGGUGACGACUGGAACGCCGCUCGUCAGCAGACUCAGUCAAAACUUCACAUCGUGAACCCGAUAUCCAUCGACCUCAAGCUACAGAAGGCGCUUAACCCAGAUGACGUUCGACUUGCACAGAUCAAGCUUGCUGGAAGCCUACACUCUAUCGAUGUUCAUAUCACUGAUAAGAAACUCGAUCUCGCUGUACAGCUUGCCCUUAGUAUUCCCGUACCUGGUGGUGACACAUCACAAGAUAAGCCAGAUGGAAAACUAGAGGAUACAUUUAAGGACGAUCGCCGUUUCGUUGCGUUCGAGAAAGUACCAAAAAGUGCAAAAAUCGCAGGUGCGCUGGAAACAAGUCCAGGGAACAAAGAUGAUGAUGAUGAUGAUGAUGAUGAUGACGACGAGGAGUUCAGCACCCCCAAUGGGUCCCCUGUGACGCCAAAGAAGGAGGUUGUUACGAAAGCUGAGAUGGCCAAACAAGUCAUCGUUGCCCUCACAUUUGAGAUCGAACAGGUGCAAGUAAACGUGGGGACUGUAAGUGCGUCUGGUGAAGAGACGCCCUGUCUGUUGCUCAGCCUGGAGCAUCUCGGCACCGCCUUGACGCUGCAUGAGCACGACCUACGGCUUAAGGCGUCUAUCGGGGCUUUAGCCCUACAGGAGAUGACUUGCGGGACGGACGCCGGACCGUUGUACAUCAUACAGACGCCACGCGGAGCUGAAUUACUUUCGGUUGAGGUCGUCAAGGCGGAACGAACCUCGCCAGAGUUUGACACGAUGUUCAAGAGAACCAAGCUUGCGAUCGCGGUCGAGUUCACGUCGUUGCAGGUGCUGCUGCACCAGGAGGCCCUGCUCAAGGUCAUGGACGUGGCAUCCAGCAUGGUCCCUACCAUAGAAGAAAACCAACAGUCGAUCAAAGACAAAUCCAAGGAAGUCAAAACUGAAAUCAAGAAAAUAACACAUGCUCCAGUGUUUAAGAAACGUCCGCGUGAAACAGAGGAUAUCAACGUGGACCUCAAAGCCAAGCUCGGAGGGAUCUCCUUAGUUGUGACGUCGGUCAAGGGCGACCUCGUCCGUGUCUUGGUGGGAGGUCUGUCGUCUCACAUUUCAGUAAUGGAAGAUAGGACGAGCAUUGAUGCAAAAAUGACGGACUUGUCGGUGGUUGAUGCCAAACCAGACGUGCUCUAUCCCAACAUCGUCUCCAUCGUCAACCAGGAGGUGUUCAGUGUCCAGAUUGUCGUGUAUAACGAUGCCAUGGCAGGUGGUAACUUCACUAAUAUGGACGCGGUGGACACUAGCUUUGAGAUGAGCAUCGGUUGCAUUCGGGUCAUCUUCCUCAACAAGAUUGUUAUGGAGCUACUGGCGUUUUUAGACAACUUUCAAAAAGCGAAGGAAGCAAUGGAAUACGCAAGAAAGAGCGCUACUGAAAAAGCUGCGGAAAAGAUUCAAGAUAUUCAGUCCCAGGCUGCGCGAAUUAAACUGACGGUUUCGAUCCAGGCUCCUUUCAUCAUUAUCCCUGUCAACUCCCAUUCCCGUGAUGCACUGGUGGCUGAUCUAGGUCAGCUUGUUGUCUCGAAUUCCUUCAAGCUUCACAGCCCUGCGACCAAACCCGACGGCUCUGAUGCAGUAAUAGUUGAUAACAUGGUGGUGGAGCUGUCCUCUGUGAAACUCUCCAGGGCGCUGAUCGGAGAAGGAGACCAGAUCGUUGCAUCUUCUGUCAUCCUGGAGCCACUCAACCUCACCAUCUACCUGGCACGCAGCCUCUCCGCCUGGUACCACAAGAUUCCAGGAAUUGACGUCACUGGGGAACUGUGUGCUGUGAAGAUGUGUACGGGUGAGCUGGAUCUCUCCACUAUUCUGGCGGUUAUCUUUCAGAAUCUCGGCGAAGGGCAGAGUGACAUCCAAGACGAGCCAUCUGUCGAAAGUUCAGGUGAAGGGGCGAUCGUCCCGGAAGUUGGCGAUGGCAGUGUGGCGGUCGUCCCAUCGAGUACUCCUGCUACUGAAGUGUAUGACACGGUCAAGUUUGACUUUAAGAUCGAGAGCGUGUCCGCUGUCUUGUACUGGAAGGAGUCAACAGAACUGAAAGACGUAGCUGUCACUAGAGAUCCCGCCUGCUGUCUUGGCCAGUUCUCCAUUGUUGCUCUUAGUGCGAGCGGUAACAUGAAGUCCGACAUGUCCCUCACGGCAGCCGUGUCACUACAAAGCUGUAUCCUGGAUGACAUGAGACCCGAGAGCAAGAUGGGCGUCACAAGAAUGAUGGACCGCUUUAUUGGAGCAGAGGGUAAGGCCGCCAACAUGGUGGACGUGAAAUUCGACCAAUCAGCGAGCCUCAGCAAACAGAUCACUAUUGACGUGAACAGUGUGCACGUGGUGGCGAACCUGGAAUUCUUGCUGGUGCUGGCGAACGUGUUUACGACAGCACUUACCGAGGCCCCGCCCAAACCACCCUCAGUUUCAGUAGAAACAAGCCAAGCAUUGACUAAAGUCAAGCCGUCUGCCCUGGCCCCUGCCCCACCCCCUGAUAAGGAACCCCCCGAGAUGCGGCUAGCCUUCAGCGUCAAGCAUCCUGAGAUCGUGCUGCUCGCAGAUGCUAAGGACAAGGCUACUCACGCGCUCUUUUUAAAGAACACUCUUGAAUUUAAUCUGAUCAUGGCCGAAGGGCAACAGAAGAUGUUUGGUUACAUCAAGAACCUGAACAUCACCUCCGCAGCAUUCGACCUCAAGAACAGAGCAGCCACCAAGUCGCAAGUCCUCUACCUUUCACAGCUGGCAUUGCACGGGUCCGCCCCGGAAGGAGAGUGCCUGCGCAUUGACGUCAGGACCAGUAUCGCCCAGGUCCACGUGUCUCCCGCCACCAUCAAGACCAUGACUGCUUGCCUUAUGUCACUAGCGCCCGCACAGGGUCAAAGCGAUAAAAAUAAUGUUAUUGAUGAUGACGUGACAUUGUGGAGCGAGAAAGAAAUUGACAAAAAGUCAAAAUGGUACCUCACACCAGCCCCCAAGGACCAGCUCGUGCCAGGCCAGCGCGUCCUAGGCCGGUGGCCCAAGAACAAUUCAUAUCACCUGGCAUAUGUGGCUAAGAUAGACAGCAGAGUACACUUACAGUUUGAUGACAAAGACACCAUUGCGCAUGACGUCAAUGAUAUUGCUGCUGUUGUGAUUGAUGUCGUCCCCGAUGAAAAGCAGCUAAAGGUCGGGUCAGCAGUAAUUGCCAAGGAUCCCAAGGCCGGGUACUACUACACCAGAGGGAAGAUCACUAAGAUAGAUCAAACCCAGGGGUACCAUGUCCAGUACAUCGACGGCCAGGAAGCCUGGAACCCAAUCCAGCAAGUCCGGGUACUCACACUAAAGAGACAAGGAGUGAAAGAUGACGAGAUAGUCCCGUCCAGUAUCGUAUACGUUAGACACAAGGGGGAUUGCUACUACCCAGGGUUCAUAGCGAGCAAGCUCAGCACGCGGUACACAGUUCGCACGUACUCCGGCGACAACGUGAACCUCAGCAUACACGACACACCUUCAGUUAUACUGGAUAAGGUCCCGCGUCCUGAGUCAAUCCAUGUGGGAAGCACUGUCAUCGGCAGCUGGAGGGACCGGGAAUUUUGGUACCGCGGUCGUGUCAUAGAAACUCGUAAGGAGGGAGAGGUCGAUGAGUUUCUUGUGCGGUUCGAGGACGACGACCAAGUUUGGCAUUCGGUUGACGAAAUCAGAGUAGUACCUCUUGCUAAACAUGACGUUGGUGAAGGUGCGAUUGAGCUUGGUUCAUCUGUCUGGGCGUGGUGGUCUGGUAUCAACUACUACAACGCCUAUGUGUCUCACAAGGGCUCCAAGCUACACGUGGACUUCUAUGACGGCGACAAACACUUGUACGACGUCAAGGAUGCCAUGGUUACCGUACUCCCGGAUGUUGACCCCAAACCAAGAGAUCUGAAACUUGGAACCAAGGUCAUUGCCAAGUUCAAGAAGAACGCGAAAACGUACUUCUCAGGCCAGAUUGCCGAAGUGGACAAAACACGCGAGGAUAAGAAGAUCUACAAAGUGAAGUUUGAUGAUGGCGACGAAGGCUGGGCCUCGCUGUACCAUAUUCGUCUGCUGCCAGAUGAUGCUAUCCCCGGUGCAGGUGGUGGACCCCAGUCAAGUCAGCAUCACAUCGAGGCAGGAAGUAUCGACGAGGAACGUGGAGAGAUGUUGUUGUUCAGUAUGGAGGGCUUCAGCAUAAAGAUAGAAGGAGCAUACGGCGGCCAGACCGUCCCUCUCCUCUCGAUGGAUGGGCACAUUCAGGCCGAGGUCAAGGACUGGACCUCAAAGUUGACAGCUUCUGCGGGUCUGAGUCUUAUCGCCAACUAUUAUAACGAGAACGUCUCUGAGUGGGAACCGCUCAUCGAGCCUGUGGAGUGCCAAGAGAAGAACAGGCCAUGGGAACUCUCGGCCGAGUUUAAAAUGGGCGACGAAGUUGGUGCCGGGGAGAAUGGUGAGGAACCUAGUGCAGGAGGACUGGACGUGAAUUCCGAGCCCGCGAUGUCACUGGUGUUGGAAUCUCAUGAUGACUUGCAGAUCACGAUUACCAAGUCAGGCCUGGACGUCUUCAACAAGCUUGGCGCGGCGUUCAGUGAGGCUGUAUCUCUGCGAGGAGGCGACAUGGUCGCCAUUGAGGAUAUGUCCCCAUUUGUCGUCCGCAAUGAGAUUGGUCUUGGAAUAAAGGUUCAUCUUGGGUCUGGUCUCAAGCCCCCACCCGGCCAUGAAGAGAAAGCACUCCCGGUGCCUGUAGGCAAGAGCUUGUCGUUAUAUCUGGCAGAGCCUGAGAAACGGGCAAGCUUCAAAGGCGUGAAGGGCGAUGAAGCGAGCGACAUCAGCAUUGCAGUAGAGGUUGAUGGCUAUCACCCUAUCAAGAACAUUCCCCUCAAGCAAGCGCGCGUGGCAUUUUACAGCAUCGUGCCCAAACAGCUGCUGCGAGGGACCACAAUGUCUGCGGUGGUUCAGAUUGAGAGCGGUGAAGGUCAAAGAGUCAUCACUAUACGGUCACCCUUACAGAUCCACAAUCACUUCCCCGUGCCGAUGGACUUGUGCUGUAAACAAGGCUCAGAGGUGUCUAAAAUCACGUGCAUAGCGCCGCACAGUGUCUAUGAUGUGCCGCUCAUAUUGUCAUACCGCGCGGGACUCUUCCUAAAACCCUCGGGAUUCGGUUAUAACGAGACCACGUCGCCAUUGUUGUGGAACGACUUGAGUCAGACAAAGAAAGCAACGUUCACAUGUUUGUCACAGACAAACGGGGAGCCGCCUUUCUACAUCGAGGCUCAUUGCGAGAAAGCCGUGUACACCGUAUCUGUUGGGAUGGAGGCUAAUUCCCCUGUCUUCACGUUCCACGCGUACCCACCAGUUGUAGUCCAUAACUACCUCCCGUACAGCAUCCACUUCUCCUCCCAGGGUACACCAUUCGUAAACCUAGAGGGGGGACACAAUGCUCCACUUUACUCCGUGGAUAUGGGCAAGAAGGUGCAGCUACACAUCAAGCUAAAUGCGUAUAUGGGCAUGGAUUGGAAGGGUGACAUCGAGUUAAGCCGCGACAUGGAUGAGCUGACCACCUUCACACUUUCACCCACGGCAAAAGACACUCAUCUACGGCCCGUGGAGCUAGGCGUGUUCUCGCAGAAUGAUGGCACAAUGAAUGUCACGCUGUACAGCCCCUACUGGAUGGUCAACAAGACCGGGAUGUUCCUGGAAUACAAGGCUUCAGACGACGAUAUCGCCAUCCCACACGCGGAUUCGCUCAAGGAUGCAGUGAUCUUCUCCUACCGCGGCAAGGGCAACAUCUUCGCCAAGAAAACGACAAGGGUCCGUAUGUCUGGCUCGGAAUGGUCCGGUAAGUUCUCUCUGGAUACUGUUGGCAGCGGAGGGUCCAUCAAGAUCAAGAAAGACGACAAGGAUUUCGAGAUUGGUGUACAGAUCACUCUGUCGUACUUCAGCCUGACCAAGGUGGUGGAGUUCACGCCCUUCCAUCUGAUCGAUAACCACACGGAGUUCCCAGUUUCCUUGUGUGAAGCCCCGGACAACUCCAAUUUAAUUUGGACAACAGUCAAGCCAGGCGAGUGCAUUCCGUUCUGGCCAUCCAGGGUACCUCCCAAGGACCUUGUGGUUCGACUGGGAGACAGCACACGUGAGUCAUCUCGCUUCAACUUCGAACCAGACGUGUCCAUUCUGCUGCGGAUGGAGGGCAAGGUCGGCGCCCUGAGUGUGGAGAUGAUCAGCAAGGACUCGGCCGCGAUUAUGACUUUCUGUCCGUACUACGCAGGAGCGGCGCCAAUCAGAAUCGAGAACUGCACCGACCUCGAGAUCUGCUACAAACAAGACAGUGAAGGGAGCACGGAGCACGUGCUAAGACCAGGAAACUGCAUUCUGUACACGUGGGGCCGUCCAAUGGACAAGAAAGUGUUCAUGUGGUACGCAAAGGGUGAAGACCAAAAGAACAGACGCAUCACGGAUCUUAUUGGCGUCGGCCACGGUGCCUUUGAGGUCAAAGACAAGUCGUACUUUUGGGCGACCUUCCUCGACGGACUACAGCGAGUGCUGCUCAUUAUUGACGACUUCACACUAGCCUACAGGGCUCAAGUGGAAGUUCCUGAGCGCAUCUCUCAGGAGAUAAGUCUGAACUUGCAAGCAAUUGGCUUGUCCCUCGUCAACAACGAGAAGAGCAUCGAGGUUGCCUACAUCGGCAUAACACCGAGCCAGAUCAUCUGGGAGGAGACAAAGAAGAAGGGUCGCUGGAAGGCGCUCAAAAUGCGCAUAUCUGAGCAGCUCGAGGUAGCUUACACGCGGGUACAGCAAGUGACUUCCGUUGGAGGAGAGCCCAACUUCCGACAGAAGCUCAGCGACAUAGAGGUUGACUUUGAAUUGAUGGAAAUCAUUCAUCCCAGGCGACGUGCAAUCCGACGAACAUUCACGCCGGGCGUCGCCGUCAAACUGAUCAUGUCAGCGCAUGAGCUAGAGCUCUUUACUAAAGUCAACUCCGUUCAGAUUGACAGCCAGAUCCCUGGAUCCACCUUCCAGACCGUGCUCCACCCCAUCCCUCCUCCCCGAAGUGUGGCCAUGGAUAACGCGCCAAAGCCGUUCUUCGAGAUGAGUGUGUUGACCCGACAAGUUGAGCACAGCCACGUUAAUGAGAUCAAGUAUUUCAAGGUGCUGGUGCAAGAGAUGGAGACCAUGAUUGACAUGGGUUUCAUCAUGGCUCUUAUCGAGCUCUUCUCAAGUGACACCAUUGAUCGAAGCAAAGAGCUGACGCAGUACAUCGAAGACAAGAAACGCGUUCUUGAGGGACUUGGAGCUGCUAAUGCUGUACAGGCCGCCCUUAGCGACAUCAGAAACUACUUCGACUACUUCCACCUUUCUCCACUGAAGAUCCACGUGAGCUUUUCGCAGCUCGGAGGUCCUGCUUCUGAUGACAAGUCAGGCGGCAUUGAGAUCGGCAGCAGCUUUGUCAACUUGCUGAUGCAGAGUGUAGGAGUGGCGGUCACUGAGGUGCAGGAUGUCGAAUUCAAGCUGGCAUACUUUGAGAUUUUGAACCAAGUUUACAACCAACAGCAAUUGACGGGAGCCAUCAUCAAGCAUUACACCGGGCAGGCAAUCAAGCAGAUGUACGUGCUCGUGCUGGGACUGGAUGUAUUGGGGAACCCGUUCGGUCUGAUCACAGGACUCAAAGACGGAGCCAAAGACUUGUUCUACGAGCCUUACCAGGGUCUGAUUCAGGGUCCGGGUGAAUUCGCAGAAGGACUCGCCCUCGGUGUGCGAAGUCUGGUCGGUCACACAGUCGGUGGCGCUGCGGGCGCGGUGUCUCGUAUCACGGGUACUAUCGGCAAGGGUUUCGCCGCGCUCUCGAUGGACGAGAAAUACCAGCAGGAGCGACGUCAAGCGAUGGGCAAAAAACCCGUUAAUGUGGGCGAAGGGCUGGCACGCGGUGGCAAAGGACUGUUAGAGGGCGUCUUUGAGGGAGUGACUGGCAUAGUCACCAAACCAGUGCAAGGCGCAAAAGAGCAGGGCGCGGCCGGAUUCUUCAAGGGCCUGGGUAAAGGCGUGGUUGGCGUGGUAGCCAGGCCUGCUGGAGGCAUCGUAGACUUUGCAAGCAGCACAUUUGAGGGGAUCAAAGGGUCAGCGGACACUGCUACAGAAGUCAAGAAACUCAGGCCUCCGCGCGUCUUUUAUGCUGACAAGGUUAUGAAGCCAUACAACUCGUACGAGGCUGCAGGCAACGCCAUCUUAUCGGGCGUGAAAAAAGACAAGUCGGCACUAGAAGAAGACAAGUAUUACGCACACAGCAUCUUGAACAUCAAGAAGGCACUGGUGGUCACCAACAAGCACAUCAUAGUGGCGGGUAAAGCUGAGGUGUUCGGUAACUGGGAGUGCGACUGGUCAUGUGACUACAACGAUUUGACAGCUGAACCAGAAGCUGAUAAGAACAAGCUUGUGCUCAGAGUACCGGACAAGGGUCGUGUGAUAUUCAAGAGGUCAGAAGUGAGGGCCAUAACCACACCCAGUCCGCCAGUUGCACAGUGGCUCGUUACGAAAAUCAAAGAGGCUAGAUCUUGAGAGUGAAGAUAGAGGAAUGUACCGACAGAAAGACAGACACGACCAA